UUUGAUGGGGAGAACAUGUACAUGGGAAUGAAUGACAACGCCCAGGAGUUUCUAUCGGCAAAUCAGACGUAUAACGGCCAGAAUGAGAAUAACGAAGACUAUGAGAUUCCUCCCAUAACGCCUCCUAAUCUCCCCGACCCUUCCCUCCUGCACUUGGUGGACCACGAAACUGGAUAUCACUCCCUGUGCCACAGCCUCCCUCCGAACAGCCUGAUACCAGCGUACCCCUACCAGAACAUGGACCUGCCGGCCAUCAUGGUCUCCAACAUGUUGAGUCAGGAUGGGCAUCUUCUCUCCAGCCAGCUACCCACG